AGCAGCGUCCUGCACUACAUCUGCAGCCAGACAGCCAGGGACCGCAUUGCACCCACACAUGGCUUCAAUUCUGCCCAGCUCUACGUCGAGGGGCUGGAGAUGGACCUGCUGGAGGUGGGCGGCAGCCAGAACCUGCGAGCGUACUGGCCUCACUACCUGAGCCAGGCCCACGUGCUGGUGUUCGUGGUGGACUCGGUGGACAGGUCACGCCUGCUGACAGCGCGCCAGGAGCUGCACGCACUGCUGGCUGCAGAGCCUCGGCUGCCCCUGGUUGUGCUGGCCAACAAGCAGGACAAGAGCGAUGCCCUGAGCACGGCAGAGCUGCGGGAGGAGCUGGCCCUGCACGCGCUCAGCGGGCAGCGGGAGCUCUUCCUCCUGCCCACCAGCGCAACCUGGGCCAGCCUGAGCACUGCCACCAGCGUCCUCCACGUGAAGAGCCUGCUGGUCACCCUGCUGUCCCAGCCCUGA